AGCUCAGCAUCAUCGAUGAAUGAGAAUGAAUACAUGUGUAUCUUGAAUAGCCGGAUUCUCAAGUGUCACUGUAUUGUCUUGUCCGACUAUCGCAAGGGAGACCGUGACGUUGUGACUCGCCUUCAAGUUGAUAAGAGGCGCACUAGGUCUGAUUCAGCUUAGCUCCACUCCAUUAGCACCGCUUCGCCCCAGCCUGCAUUUAGGCCACUGCUGGAGCUCGUCCUCAUCCUCUCUUCCUCCAUCUUCAUCACAAUCAACAACCUCUCCCAUCCUCGAAGACAGCUCAAAUAACUGUCUUCACCCCCAUCAACACUCUUCAGUUUUCCAUUUACUAUCUUCGUCCGCAGGCAGACUCCUCUCAAUCAUUCUAUUCACCAUCAUCAUGCGUGGGCUUAUCGGCUUCACGCUGUUGCCGCUGCUGGCGUCAUCGGCACCCACAUUCAGCACAGAGACCAUCCACGAAGGUGCUGCUCCUUUGAUCUCCUCGACCAACUCUGUUGAAGUCCCCGAUUCCUACAUCGUCGUCUUCAAGAAGCAUGUCACCGAGGCCUCUGCCUCAAGCCACCACAGCUGGGUGCAAGACAUCCACCUUGAGGCAGAGACUCAACGGACAGAGCUUCGAAAACGCUCGCAAUUCCCUAUUACGACAGAUAUCUUUGAGGGCAUGAAGCAUACAUACAACAUUGCUGGCAGCUUCCUUGGAUACUCCGGCCACUUCGAUGACGCUGUCAUCGAGCAGGUCCGAAGACAUCCUGAUGUCGAAUAUGUCGAGAAGGAUUCCGUUGUCCACACUAUGGAAGAUACCGAGGGUGAGCUAGAGAAGAACGCCCCAUGGGGUCUCGCUCGUAUCUCACACCGAAAGAGCUUGGGAUUCAGCAACUUCAACAAGUACCUGUAUGCCGCUGACGCUGGUGAGGGUGUUGAUGUUUACGUGAUCGAUACCGGAACCAGCAUCAAGCACGUUGACUUUGAAGGCCGAGCACACUGGGGUGCCACCAUCCCAGCCAACGAUGCUGAUGAGGAUGGAAAUGGACACGGAACUCACUGCUCCGGCACUGUCGGUGGCAAGAAGUACGGUGUUGCCAAGAAGGCUGAAAUCUACGCCGUCAAGGUCCUCAGAUCCAACGGUUCAGGAACCAUGGCCGAUGUCGUCAAGGGUGUUGAGUGGGCGGCAAACGCCCACACUGAGAAAGCCAAGAAGGGAAAGAAGGGCUUUAAGGGUUCUGCUGCCAACAUGUCUCUUGGUGGUGGCAAGUCUCCUGCUCUUGACCGUGCCGUAAACGGUGCUGUUGAAGCUGGCAUCCACUUCGCUGUUGCUGCCGGUAACGACAACGCUGAUUCCUGCAACUACUCUCCAGCUGCUGCUGAGCAAGCUAUCACUGUUGGAGCUUCUGCUCUUGAUGAUUCUCGUGCAUACUUCUCCAACUACGGAAAGUGCAACGACAUCUUUGCUCCUGGUCUCUCCAUCCUGUCCACCUGGAUCGGUAGCCCAUACGCCACCAACACCAUCUCUGGUACUUCCAUGGCUUCCCCACACAUUGCUGGACUUUUGGCCUACUAUCUCUCUCUUCAACCAGCUUCGGACUCUGAGUAUGCCGUUGCUGCUAUCACUCCCAAGAAGUUGAAGGCCAGCAUCAUCAGCAUUGCCACUGAGGGUGCUUUGUCUGAUGUUCCUGCUGACACUGCCAACAUCCUCGCCUGGAACGGUGGUGGAUCUUCCAACUACUCUUCUAUCAUCAAGGCUGGUGGAUACUCGGUUGGUAAGGCUGACAAGCCAACCAACAUGCCCACCACCAUUGAGCUUUUGGAGGAGGCCAUUGAGAAAGACUUAAACAUGAUCUCCGGCGAGAUCGUCAAGGACACCAAGUCCGUUAUGUCCAAGACCGAGAAGUUCUCCAAGAAGAUCCAGAAGAUGGUUGAUGAGGAACUCCACGAGUUCUUCGAGGAAAUCAGCUCGUAAAGAGUUGAUUCGUACGACACGACACGCAAUCUAGGAUGUACCCGCUAGUCAACACGGGAAUUUUUUCAUUACAGUUUUGAGGCAUGGUCAUGGUUCGGAGCUGGUCGAGGGCUUUCCUAUUGUAGGCUUUAUGCAUUUUUGAUUAUAGGCUUUUCCUUGUGUCUUCAGAUCGUGGGUUUCUCUGUUGUGAUACACAAUAGAUUCAUUCUUGAAUUGUAACAAUCUACUCUCAGCUUGUGUGACUCUUUGUGACUGUGGGCUGCUCUCGUGUACCCCUAAUCUCUUGGGUGUGUACAGACAUUAGAUCAGGGAAUUGACUAGUGAAAAUCGGCGAUGAAUGAUGGUCUUGGUUUCAAAGCUUUUGACUUGAACAUGUGAGGUUUGAAUUCCAGACAUUGGAACGACCUCCUCUCGGGCACCAUGAAUGUUGGUCCUGCCCAUAGUCUAAAAAUGUCAAGCUUGGCAUCCA